GUGUGCCGGACCAGAGCUGGGCGGCCCGGGCCCUGGACGCGGUGGUGGCCCGAAGUCGGCGCCACCAAGCUCCGCCCGCGGGCGCUCCCGGGCUUCCCGCCCCAUCGGCUGCUCCCUCCCCGUCCCCGUGGCCGCGCGCGCUCCCAGCCCCGGCGCCACAGCCUCCCUGGCCACCGCCGCCGCCGCCGCCGCUGUCACCCUCGCCGUCUGGAGCCGCUGUGGGAAACAGGCGCCACGAUGCUCGUGAGGAAGUGCCUGGUAAAGUGCCUGCACCGGCUGCAGAAGGGCCCGGGCUACUCGUACAAGGAGCUGCUGGUGUGGUACUGCAACAACACCAACACCCACGGCCCCAAGCGCAUCAUCUGCGAGGGGCCCAAGAAGAAGGCCGUGUGGUUCCUCAUCACGCUGCUCUUCACCUCCCUGGUGUGCUGGCAGUGGGGUGUCUUCAUCAGGACCUACCUGAGCUGGGAGGUCAGCGUGUCCCUCUCCCUCGGCUUCAAGACCAUGGACUUCCCCGCCGUCACCAUCUGCAAUGCCAGCCCCUUCCAGUAUUCUAAAGUCAGGCAUUUGCUGAAGGAUCUGGAUGAGCUCAUGGAAGCAGUCCUGGAGAGGAUCCUAGCUCCGGAGCAGAGCUAUGCCAACGCCACUAGGACCCUGAACUUCACCAUCUGGAAUGACACGCCGCUGGUUCUGAUCGACGAGCAGAACCCCCACCGCCCAGUGGUCCUUGACCUCUUUGGGGACGUCCACAAUGGCUCAGCAGAUAGCAGCCUAGCUCCAGGAAGGACCUGCACUGCCCAGGGGUGCAAAGUGGCCAUGAGACUAUGCAGCCUCAACGGGACCGCAUGCACUUUCCGGAACUUCACCAGCGCCACCCACGCCGUGACGGAGUGGUACCAGCUGCAGGCCACCAACAUCUUCUCGCAGGUGCCCACGCACAAGCUGGCGGAGAUGGGCUACCCCGCCGAGCGGCUGAUCCUGGCCUGCCUGUUCGGGUCCGAGCCCUGCAGCUACAGGAACUUCACGUCCAUCUUCCACCCAGAUUAUGGCAACUGUUACAUCUUCAACUGGGGCAUGACCGAGAAGGCUCUCCCUUCGGCCAACCCCGGAGCUGAGUUUGGUCUGAAGCUGAUCCUGGAUAUAGGCCAAGAGGACUAUGUGCCCUUCCUCACGUCCACGGCCGGUGCCCGGCUGCUGCUCCACGAGCAGAGGUCCUACCCCUUCAUCAAAGACGAGGGCAUCUACGCCAUGUCAGGGACAGAGACAUCCAUCGGGGUGCUGGUGGACAAGCUGGAGCGCAUGGGGGAGCCCUACAGCCAGUGCACCAUGAAUGGCUCCGACGUUCCCGUGCGGAACCUCUACAGCGACUACAACACGACCUACUCUAUCCAGGCCUGUAUUCGCUCCUGCUUCCAAGAGCACAUGAUCCAGAACUGCAGCUGUGCCCACUACCUGUACCCACUGCCCCGCGGGGAGAGAUACUGCAACAACUGGGAGUUCCCAGACUGGGCCUAUUGUUACUCACGCCUGCGCAUGAGUGUGGCCCAGAGGGAGACCUGCAUCAACAUGUGCAAGGAGUCCUGCAAUGACACCCAGUAUAAGAUGACCAUCUCCAUGGCCGACUGGCCUUCCGAGGCCUCUGAGGAUUGGAUUUUCCGCGUCCUGUCUCAGGAGCGGGACCAGAGCACCAACAUCACCUUGAGCAGGAAGGGAGUGGUCAAGCUCAACAUCUACUUCCAAGAAUUCAACUAUCGCACCAUUGAGGAGUCAGCAGCCAACAAUAUCGUUUGGCUGCUCUCAAACCUGGGUGGCCAGUUUGGCUUCUGGAUGGGGGGCUCGGUGCUGUGCCUCAUCGAAUUCGGAGAGAUCCUUAUCGACUUUGUGUGGAUCACUAUCAUCAAGCUGGUGGCCUUCGCCAAGAACCUGCGGCAGAGACGUGCCCAGGCUCGCUAUGCUGGCCCGCCGCCCACCGUGGCCGAGCUGGUGGAGGCUCACACCAACUUUGGCUUCCAGCCUGAUGUGGCCAGGCCUGGCCCCGACCCCGGGACCUACCCUGAUGAGCAGACCGUGCCCAUCCCGGGCACCCCACCUCCCAACUAUGACUCCCUCCGUCUGCAGCCGCUGGACAUCAUCGAGUCCGACAGUGAGGGCGAUGCCAUCUAGACCCGGGGAAACCAGAACUCAGACCGAGAAGCCAAGAUCGUGGCCCCAAGCUUCACUUUGGGAUGUUCUCUCCAAAGGGCCAAGAUAGUGGGUAUCCAAAGCCAGAGUCUGUGUCUCUCUAUAGAGAGACCAGCAGCUGCUGGCCAGUCCCAGGCUGAGGGCUCUGUAGGGUCAUGCUGCGGGUACAGAUGUGGGAAAUGUGUACUCAUUUGGUUCCUGCCCACACCCCCAACCUGACCUGAUCCUUGGCUGGGACGUCCCCAGCCUGACUCGAGAGACACUGGGACACUGUCCCCCACAGGCAGGCUAGUUUCUUCCCAGUGCACCGUCUGCUCCCGAGACAGCCAGCCAGGCAGGCUGUGCUGUCUGUCCCCACAGUCUUUUCCGUCCUGGCCUUAGCUGACCUCUGCGAAUGGGUUU